GCUCUUCUGCCAAAACGGCGAGGCCUGUCUGUUCUGGUAACCAGAAAAGUCAACGAGUUAUAUCAUCACCAGACUCUUCUCUCGGUGACAUCGUAGUGACCCGCACGCUACCAAUCGACCGACCAUGGCUGCUAGGAAAUGGUUCUCGUCCUUCUUUCCAUCCGUAAAGGCUCAGGAGGAGGAAGAUAUAGUCGACCCACAGACGGUGCUGCGGGAAAAGUGCGCCCAGCAAGGACAUACUACCCAGCUGUGGGAAAAAUACCAGGCCUGCAAUGAUCGUGUAGGCAGCCGUUCCCAAACGACCGAGACCUGUGUCGAAGAACUGUUCGAUUACCUGCACGAACUGGAUCACUGCGUAACGAAGUCCCUGUUCUCAAAGCUUAAGUAAAUGGAUGUACCGAGAAGGACAUAGGGCAAUUUUGCAAUGAGGCGUUAUCCCUAGGGGUACUAGUUGGUUUAGCUACACCACCCGGUCUGCCAGCAAACGACCCAAGAUGUAAAUUUGCCUAUGGCACGGCAAGUACCAACAAACAACAGCUUAUAAAGUUUACUCCACCAAAAACAGAACGCCUCAUCGAAUUUGGUUUUGUGUUCCAGUAUGUUGGAAUUAGUGAAUAAAAUUGAGUUUUGAAAACUAACGCCCUCUCGCAUUAGUUGCCGACGUUAAAA